AUGAUCAAUCUGUUAUCCUAUAAAUUCAUCACUGGCUGCAUGAGCCCACUGGUGCUCAAGACGUCGGAAAUAUCCAUCUUGAACCCUAUAGAAACGAUGGUAGCAAGUUUGAUUUUAGGAUCAGUGACUUAUGUAUACCUGUUCAGCCUGGCAAAAUCUUCAGAAAUACUCUCUACUGCCAGCAUUUACGACACAUCUUUCGUAUCCACCAUCUUGUACGCUUCACCAAAUGACAUUUCUUUUUCGCUAUUGAAACAAGAUCUUUUUUUACCAGCAGCGUCGAUAUCGCGUAUUGAACUCAAGCAAUUGUCCAUCGCCUCGUCUGAUCCUACAAAUGAGCACAACAUGAACGCCAUCAUGCGUUUUCAUGAUUAUGUUGAAGUCACUCCACUCAAUUUCUCGGAUUUAGGUCAUCAAGAAAAGCGGAUAAUGACAUACAAAGACCAUUUGUGCUACAAUGCUUCCACAACGUGUCCUACAUACAAGCCGUUUAACACUGACAACAGUGUGGUUUUAUCGUAUGUGUUUGAUCUGAACAAUGAUCAGCGUAUCAAGACAUCUCAUUUAUGGGAUCAAAAGGUAAUGGCAUUUUCAAUGGACAGAUUGAUCCCCAUGGCAACACAGCAUCAUUACAACGAAAAAAGUAUCAGCACAGUCGUUUGGUUAAUUAGAAUCAUUAAGAAUAUUGCUAGAGAUACCGCCAUCCGAAUGAAUAGCGCUUCCAAGAUAGAUGUGGUUGUAGUGACAGCAGGCUACAUUAUGAUGGCCUUCACUUUCUUAUCAUUGUAUAUCAGAAUGCAUAAAUUGGGAUCAAAAUACACUCUAGCAACCACUAUAUUCAUGUCGGGUUUCUUUUCAUUUAUGCUAUCUCUGGCUACCGUGUAUAAAUUGGGUGCACCCGUCAGCCCUGUUUUAUUGAGUGAGGCAACACCAUUUCUGGUAGUGACGAUAGGGUUUGAGAGGCCAUACAAACUAACAAAAUGCAUAUUCGAGCAAGAAAGCAACAAUGCAGACAAUAGUAAUGUGCUGCAAAUCAUCUCACGCUCUGUGGAAAUGAUGGCACCAGCUCUCAUUCGAGAUGGACUAUUGGAGGUUAUGGUAUUUAUGCUUGGCGCCAAAUCAGCAUUACCUGGAUUACGGGAAUUCUGUCUGAUGAGCGCAUUUCUGAUUGCUUAUGACAUGAUGCUGAUGUUUACUUGGUAUAUUUCGGUCUUGUCAUUGAAACUGGAGUUACGCAAGAUUAAAGAGACAACCUCUGCCUCAACAUCCAUCGCAGACACAACAGCAGCAAUUAACGAAGCUGUUUCCUCCUCAAAUUUGAGCACUGAAUCCCGCCAUGCUAGAAACAAGAAGCCAGCAAUCAUCAAGACAAAGCUACUCAUGAUCAUUGGCUUCCUCACAAUGCAUGUAUUCGAAUUUUGCUCAACACUGUCCUUUUCAACAUCCAGAAGCAACACACAUUCCUUGCCUCAAGUGCCUGUUAUAGGACCUACUAUCGAGCCAGUUUUGUCCUGCAUUUUGAAUCAGCACAGGUUGUCAGGAUCAACAAACGGAUUGCUGCUUAAAGUAUCGCCAAUGAUCCAUUUCCAGCUAUUAGCACAAUCGCACUUUCAAGGACUUCCACCUGUGAAGAGCUUAUUAGCCGAGAUUUACAACAGUUACAAUGUAUACGCUCAAGAUCCUGUGAUUAGUAAAUGGGUUGUUGCUAUUCUGAUGGUGUCUAUUCUUCUCAACACCUAUCUGUUUGAAAUUGCCAAAUACAAUAGACAAACAAUGCAACGAACUCAUUUGACCCCUAUACAAGAACAUAACUCCGUACACACCACCUCACCUAGAGUGAGCUCUGCUAUUAUUCCAUCACCUUUGCCCAGUUCAAAUUUGACAAUCAGCAGAGGCUCCUAUCAAAGUACAACUAUAUCAAGACAACGGCAUAAAAAGUUCCAAAAGCAUCAGCUGGGUAUACGCACAGUAGAAGAGUGUCUUCACAUCCUCAAAAACACAGAUCAGGGCGCAUCAAAUCUUGCUGACGAAGAGAUUAUUUUGCUGAUUCAACAUGCUCAUAUCGCUCCUUACGCCCUGGAAAAGAUAUUAGGUGACCUAGAGCGCGCUGUUCAUAUCCGCAAGACUGUGAUUUCUCGCGCUUCCAUCACACAAACGCUGGAAUCAAGUGCUUUGCCAGUGGCAGAUUAUGAUUAUGACAAGGUAUUGGGUGCUUGCUGCGAGAAUGUGAUUGGAUACAUGCCGAUACCCGUGGGUGUGGCUGGCCCUAUGAUGAUCGAUGGCGAGAGCAUACAUUUGCCUAUGGCAACAACCGAGGGCUGCCUUGUUGCGUCUGUUGCGCGCGGUUGUAAAGCUAUCAAUGCCAAUGGUGCUGGAGGUGCAAGUACUGUAUUGAUCUCGGACGGCAUGACUCGUGGUCCCUGUGUCGAGUUUCCCAAUAUCAUAGAUGCUGGUCUCUGUAAGCGUUGGCUGGAUCACGAAGGAUUUGAUGUAGUAGCGGAGGCUUUCAACAGCACAUCCAGAUUUGCUCGUAUUCGCAAAAUGCAGGUAGCAAUGGCUGGUAAGCUGCUUUAUAUUCGGUUCUCUACAACCACUGGCGAUGCGAUGGGUAUGAACAUGAUUUCCAAAGGCUGUGAAAAGGCACUCUCGAAAAUCACAGAGUACUUUCCUACUAUGCAAAUUGUAUCUCUCUCUGGCAACUACUGUACAGAUAAGAAACCAGCAGCCAUCAACUGGAUCGAAGGACGCGGUAAAUCGGUCGUGACAGAGGCUGUGAUUCCAAGCAGUGUUGUACAAAAGGUGCUCAAGACAACAGUGGAUGCAUUGGUCGAGUUGAACAUAUCAAAGAACUUGAUAGGAUCUGCUAUGGCAGGUUCAGUGGGUGGCUUCAAUGCGCAUGCAGCCAAUAUCCUGACUGCCAUGUACAUAGCAACAGGACAGGAUCCAGCUCAAAAUGUGGAGAGCAGCAAUUGUAUUACCUUGAUGAAGUCUGUCAACAAUGGAUCUGCUUUACACAUCUCAUGUAGUAUGCCUAACAUUGAAGUCGGGACGGUAGGUGGAGGCACGAUAUUACCUCCACAACAAGCAGUGCUGGACAUGCUUGGUGUGCGAGGUCCUCAUUCAACAAGUCCUGGUAAAAAUGCUCAAAAGCUAGCGAGAAUUAUUUGUGCUACUGUCAUGGCGGGUGAGCUGUCGUUAUGCGCAGCCUUGGCGGCAGGACAUUUGGUCAAAGCACACAUGCAACACAAUCGAGGAUUGGCUGCUGCUGUUCCUGCUGCCAAUUACAAGAAAAAAGCACCAAAGACCCCAGCUUCUACACCAAGUUUUUCGCUUUCGAGGCAAAAUACAAUGGCUGGAGCCGAAGAUUGCAUCUUGUAG